AUGGCCCAACCCCUGUUUACGGACCGCAACGGGCAGCGGAGGGGUGUCUUCAGCAUCUUCGCCAUAUUCUCGUUCCUUGCCCUGCUCCUGCUCUCUAUUUCCGUGCUGAGCAGUAAUCAGAAGCCAAGGUAUCCUGCGGCCAACUUCGAGGAGCUUGGCCAUGUCGACCUGGACGAUGCACAGGAGGUCAAGAAACUACUCACUUCCAAGGUCAGAGCCUCGGCAGUAGGCGACCAGUACCUCAUCGGAGUGGGCAAGGCUGACAUCACUGGACCUGUCGUCGAGGUAGAGUUUGCUGGAUAUGCGGACCUGGCCCAGAUCGGUACUGGUCUCCGCCAGCGCCUCUAUUCUCGUGCCUUCAUCGUCGGUGACGCAAGCAACCCCAAUGACCGCUUCGUCUAUCUCGUCUUGGACGUGGCAGCCGGUGACACGGCCCAGAGAUAUGCCAUCCUUGAACGUAUCGCUGCUCUCGGCGGGGAGUAUUCUGUCUACGGCCGGACCAACAUCGCCGUGACCGGAACUCACUCACACAAUGGCCCCGGUGCCUGGUGGAACUACCUGCUUCCUCAAAUCACCAGCGUUGGGUUUGACGCCCAGUCCCUGAAUGCCAUUGCUGAUGGCGCUGUCCUUUCGAUCAAGAGAGCCCACGUAAGCCUCACCACUGGCUACCUGGAUGUCGGUACCGUCAACAUUACCGACGGCAAUGCGUCCCGAAGCCCUUCCGCCUACAACAACAACCCAGCUGCGGAACGCGCCCUCUACAACAGUCCCACAGACACGACACUGACCAUGCUCCGCUUCCAGCGUGCAUCAGAUGGCCUUGAUAUGGGCGUACUUACCUGGUACCCCGUCCAUGGGACCUCCAUGUAUGGAAACAACACCCAUGUGGCUGGAGACAACAAGGGCGUGGCCGCCUAUCUGCUCGAGCAGGCUGUGCAAUCCGGUGGUACUGCGGCCGAUGGGUUUGUCGCUGGCUUUUCCCAGGCCAACGUUGGAGACACCACGCCGAACGUGCUAGGAGCCUUCUGCGAUGAUGGAUCAGGCCAGAUGUGUAGCUAUGAGAACAGCACCUGCGCCGAUGGCAAGUCACAGUCGUGCCAUGGUCGCGGUCCCAGGUUCGAAGCUCUCGACCUCGGCGUGUCUUCCUGCUACGAGAUUGGCCGGCGUCAGUUCCAGGGUGCAAAGGAUCUAUACGAUUCCUUUGAUGCCAAAUCUACGCCUGUUGUCGGCACUACCGUCAAGUCGUUCCAUUUCUACCAGGACAUGAGCACCUUCAACUUCCAACUCCCCAACGGCACUGCUGCAAAGACCUGUCCUGCCGCUCUUGGCUAUUCCUUCGCGGCCGGAACGACGGACUGGCCAGGCGCCUUUGACUUCACCCAGGGUGACUCGGGUGCGCCCAACAACCCCGUGUGGAGUGCCGUCGCCGCCCUGCUCAAGGCCCCGGGGCCCGAGCAAGUAAAGUGUCAAUCGCCAAAACCUGUUCUUCUGGAUGUCGGCGAGCAGACCGAGCCCUACGCCUGGUCCCCGAACAUCGUCGACGUCCAGUCCUUCCGCGCAGGCCAGCUCCACAUCAUCGUCUCGCCCUCCGAGGCAACCACCAUGGCCGGCCGCCGCUGGCGCAACGCCGUCAAGGCCGAGGCCGCUGCGACAUACUCGGGCAACACCGAGCCACUCGUCGUGAUCGGGGGCCCGGCCAACACGUACGCUCACUACGUCACCACCGAGGAGGAGUACGCCAUCCAGCGGUACGAGGGCGCCAGCACGCUCUACGGGCCCAACGAGCUGAACGCCUACAUCAACCUCACGCUCAGCAACCUGCACUACCUCGCGCCGACGGCCACCGGCUCGCCCGCGGCCGGCCCCUCGCCCCCGGACAACCGCGCCAAGUCCUUCGACUUCAUCGCGGGCGUCGUGUACGACGGGGUGCCGAUCGGCAAGAAGUACGGCGACGUGGUCACGCAGCCGGCCGCCUCGUACGCGAAAGGCGCCGUCGUCAACACCACCUUCGUCGGCGCCAACCCGCGCAACAACCUGCGGCUCGAGGGCACCUUCGCGGCGGUCGAGAAGCUGGGCGCGGACGGCACCUCGUGGUCGCAGGUGCGCAGCGACUACGACUGGUUCCUGGUCUACACGUGGGAGCGGACCAACGGCCUGCUGGGGUACUCGGAGGUCACCAUCAGCUGGGAGACGGAGGACUACGCCCAGCCGGGGACGUACCGCGUGAGGUACUAUGGUGACUCGAAGGACAUUGGCGGGAAGAUCACCGCCUUCAAUGGGACUAGCAAUAAUUUCACUCUGACUUAG